GGAAGUUGAUUCUUGGACGUGCAAUAGCCUAUCAAUCUCCAUGCUACGAGUAUAUAAUGCUGCACUACCAAUGUCUUUCAAGACCUCUGGCCUCAGGGUAACACACCGAUCAGGCGCAGGACGCAGAGUUUCUGGCACGAUUAGCUCGGACUUUAGCACGACCAUCAUCCGCGAGCUUCCCGUGGGUCAGCGUUCAACUGAUUAUACCACUCGCUAUACCAACUCCAUCACGACCCUCGAUGCGUCUCGUCUUGGUUCAAGCGACGUCAUCACACUAAGUGGGACGACAACCCAAGUCUGGGACCGCACGAAGUUGGCCCGCCGCUCAAAGCCAACAGCGAAAGGAUCAUGGUGGAAGCGAGUCCAAGCUCCAAAUGGCCGGGCAAGGGAUGGCGCCUUCACGGAGGUGAAUACUGGUUCGCCCUGGCUGAGCAAUGAUAUUUCAACGGCAAGCAAUCAAUUCCCGCAUAAACCCAAGGGCUGGCUCUACUAUUAUAGGCCUCCCUCUCGUCCUCCCACUGCUGGCGAGGUCCGUUUCCGACUCCUCCCUCCUACAGGCGAGCUCGACUUUGCUUCCGGCACUGACCUCUCUCUCCGUUCCGGCCACUUACCGUACGCCAUACGUCUAUUAGAAAUCGCGACGAGCGCCCGUUACCGUACGCUUGCCAACGUCCUCCUCAGAGACCAGCUCAUAUCCCAAGACCUCUUGGAACAUUGGAAAAAACAAACAAAUAUACGCGUCAUUCACCGCAAGACUCCCCAAUUUUUGUUUGGCAUCGAAGACCCGUUCAUAAUAAAUCUCUCCGACGUCUCAUUCAUGGCAUCUAUUUGGCUAGGCGAGGAUUUGGUUCGAGGCCCAUGGUUGCACAAAAAGUGGCAGGACCAAAGGAGACAUAUGAGCGGCCCAACAUA